AUGCCUCGAAUCACAAUACCGAACAAACCUUUUGACCUAUUCUAUAGAAUAUCUACACCUUCAAAGAGGGAUAGAGCGAAGGAGAUAGAUGAGGAGUACGAGACGAUAUUGUUCUUUCAUCCUUUCUGGGUGGAUUCUUUUUACUAUUACCCACAAUUUGAUGAUCCAACGUUUUAUGAGAACUAUAAUCUCAUAGCGUUUGAUGCUCCCGCACAUGGAUCGACAAAAGUUAUGGAUAUAUCACCUGAUCCAGUGACUUGGUCGUACCAUGCGACUAUAGUAAAAGAAGCGUUGACAAUACUUCAUAUCCCCUCGGUACAUCUAGUCGGAUCAACUAUGGGAUGCUGUCCCGCUAUGCACUUUGCAGCUCAGUAUCCUGACAUUUCGAAAAAUCUGAUCAUGUCUGCUCCGCCUGCUCUGACGGAAACUACCAAUUGGAGUUUGACUUUUAGAGAAAGUAUGCAUAUUCUGAUCAACGCAGUGAAAAAUCGCGAUGGUGAACCUCUCGAUGCGAUCACCUCUGUGAUCUUUGAUUAUAACGCUACGUCCCACUCGAAGAGGUUGGUGAAGGAUCUGGAGGAAGAGUGUAUGCAAUUAAACCGAUCGAGAUUACUGAAUGGUGAAUUGAAUGGAGAAAUAACUGUACCUGUUCUCAUAUCGCUUGCUCUUUCACGUAAACAGCUUCUAAGUUACGAACAAGCGAUCGAUCUGAAAUGUCCCGUAUUGGUCGUACAGGGUACACUGGAAGGAUGGGAGGAGCACGAUGAUCAGUGGGUCGAUAUGUUAGAAAAGACACAUAAGUUGUAUACGGAACAGAAUGAUGGGAAGGUAUGCGAUAUGAAAAGAAUUGUAUUGGAAGGUUGCUCAAGAUGGAUGACUUUGACUCAUCCUGAUUUGGUAAAUCCGAUAAUUCACAAAUUCAUAUCCAAAUCCAAAUCCUCCAUUUCAUCUGAUUCGACACAAGACCUAUUACAAGGUUUGCAGAUAAGCGAUACCAAAAUUAUCACUCAGAAUCAUGAUAAUGAACAGAAGACGAUAACGGAUGGAGGAAGAAGGAGAUCAUCGAUGAAGAAACCUCUAUCACCAAGGGACAAGACUGAAUUUGGUGUUCAACUUUCUCAGAGUGGGAUAGGGAAAUCUCAAUCUAGUUCUAUUGGACAGGUAUUGCCAAAAGAAAAGGUAACAGUCGAACCUGGCACGAUACAGACGAUACCGAGUGGGAGUGGGAGUGCAGGUGAUGGUGUGAAAGUGCAGGUUGAAGUGGUGAUGAAGGUCGAAUAG